AUGGAAUCACUCUCCGGUAUCAUUCCAUCCAAUGUUAUGGUCGAAAUCCUCGCUUGCUUACCAGCCCGGUCUCUCAUCCGGUUCCGGUGCGUCUCCAAGUCAUGGCGUUCACUGUUGUCCGAACCGUUCUUUGUGACAAUGUGGUUGAAUCGCAGCGGGACUUCCCUCCUAGUGGUCCCGUUGGAAUGGGAAAAUCGCGACCAGUGCUCUUUAGUGUUUGAAAACGUGUCCAUCGGGAUGAAAAAUUUGAACCUACCUGUAGGGGACAAAUGGAUUUCGGUAUCCGUGAUCGGUUCGUCCCGUGACGGCUCUCUAAUUUGCUUGACCGGGCUUUCGUACACACGCCGCCGUGCGAGCAAGCAAGCCAUUAUCCUGUGGAGCCCGUUCACAGGUGAAGUCAAGGCCCUUGGCAACAAGGGUUGCGUCCAUUGCCAUCGUUGGCCUGUUUGCACCGAAUCCCUAAUUCAGGGCUAUAAUUCAGCAUGCUGCAAUCAGUAUCUUGUCCACGGUUUCGGGUAUGAGCUGAAUGCCCGGGAUUACAAGGUCGUGAGGAUUACUUAUUCUCGCGGCGUUGUGAGAGAAGAUGAUUCUCCAAUAAGGCCAUGGCUUGUCGAGGUUUACAGCCUACGCAGCGACACAUGGAAGAGCCUGGGCAGGCCCAGUUUCACCUGGACGGUCCGCGGCAAUUCACGGGCAUUUGUCAACGGUUCUGCGCAUUGGCUCGCGGCGCCUACAGCGGAUGCACCUUACAACUCAAUCGUGGCCUUUGAUAUGAAGGAGGAAGCAUUUGGAGAAGUCAUCGAGCUGCCCCGAUUGGAAAAUCUCUUGCAAUUCUCCCUGAAUCCGAGAGGCAAAGCAACGCUCUCGGUGUCACAUGGUUCCCUGGCUCUGAUCGCUUUCGGCAUAUGGAAUCGAGAGGAAUGCGGCAUUUGGGUGAUGAAGGAGUACGGCGUGGUUGAGUCCUGGACUAAGCAGCAUCACAUUGUGCUACCAAUCGGGUCGACGGUCCGGGCGGCCUUGGGACUUACCGGGCGUGGCAAGAUGUUGCUUCGCAUGGUUGAUGAGAAGUUGAUGUGCUGUGAUGUGGAGGAUAUGCAGAUUAGCGAGGUUGGAAUCCAGGGACGCGGCGCGGAGUCAUCUUUUGAUGUCAUUGAUUUGGGAGGAGGAGAUCCUACUCUCAGGAACCAAGCGGGUCUAGAUUCACUGUUGACUAUACUCAACCACAAAUAA